CAGUUCUUGUUGGAGAAGUUCUGUCAUGUUCUCGUGGUUGAGCUUCAUUUUUGCAUUUGUCAGCCUGGCAGCUCGAGUACAGAAAACACUGCAAGGUUCAUCUGACGAUAUUGGAUGGUUGCCGCGCGCUCUUGGCAUGCCUGGUGUGGAGGAUGGUACAGCAAGAUUCUUGGAAUUGCUUGCAGGAAUAAGGAAUGGGGAGCACACAUUGCCUAGCUCAUUUGUCUAUCUGCUUAUUCCGGGCCUCUAUGGCAAUCACGGCAUCGUAUACUUUGUUGGAACAAAGAAAUUCUUUUCAAAGAUGGAUCUAGCUCGUCAUAUUGAAAAAAUUCAGAGUGAGGCAUCUGUUGAGCACAAUGCAUGGGAACUCAAGCAAUAUAUUGAGGAGUUUUACUGGGAAUCCGGUAAGCGUGUGAUGCUGCUGGGCAAAGCAAGGAAGGUGAGAAGCCUGUAUUCCAACGAAGUAUAAUGCCGACAAAGCUUAUGCAUGAUACAUUCAUUGCUUUUUUCUUUCCUUCUUUAUUUUAGCUCGCGCAUCUUGUUCCAUUACACAUAGAUUGAGUUAGGAGCAAAAUCUUUAUGAAAUACAGUUACCUAACAAUCACGUUUAUUCCACAAUACCAAAAAUCCUUUUCUCAUGAAACUAAAAUGUACAUAAAUGUUGGAUGAAAAACCGUAUCAUUUCUAG